CACAAAUAAUGAUGCGAAGCACACGCGUGCGUAUUGUCUUUUAUCCAUAGCAAUGGCAGAUGAAGAAGAGUUUGAUAUUUAUGGCGACUAUGACUUUGGUCAGGCCGAUGAUAUUUUAGAUGAAAUCGUCAAUGACAAUCCUACACCAAAGAAAAGACCAAGACCUGUUGUUAAAGAACCUGAACCAGAAAAGCCUUCCAAGGCGCUCAAGACAGAAAAAGAACAACCUCAAAAGAUUCAAACGACUACACAAACAUAUCAAUCGACUGUUCAAACAGACCCUAAAUCACUUCCUUAUACUAUUACACAACUACGAGGCAUUACAUCUAAACCCACGCAUUGCAUUUACCUGGGUGAACUUCAUUGGUAUACAACAGACAAAGAAGUCAAGGAACCAUUAAAGAAAGCCAACUUACUGGACGAUGUCAAAGAAAUGACUUUUUAUGAACAUAAAAUCAAUGGCAAAUCAAAAGGUAUUGUAUUUUUUGAAUUCUUCAACAAGGACAGUGCUUCUCAAGCAAAAUCGAUCUUUGACAAAACUGAAUUUGACCAUAAAAGAGUAUAUGCAGUCUAUACAACAUCACCCAAUCCAUUUAAACAUCUAUCUAAAGAAACCAAUACGGGUAAAUCAACGCGUAACACAAAUGUCAAUCGCAUAAACAACAAUGUACCCGGCAUGAUGCCAACAAAUUACAAUGCGGCUGCUGCUGCUGCUGCUGCUGCUGCUGCUGCUAUGGCAGGCUUUAUGCCUUCCUAUGGUUUCCCUGUGAGGAACAAUGUAAAUUAUAAUCGCAAUACGAUGGUGCGCAAUCAACAGCCUUAUAAUAACACUAGAAACAACAGAAGUAACAAUAAUGAUGGAUUUAGUGGAGGCAUGUACAUUAACCCUGCCUUUUUUGAUAACAACUACAAGAAAUAAAUGUCUUUUUUUU